AUGAAGAACACAAACAUCAUGAGUUUGUUAAUUGUGGUAUUGUCACUAAUCGGAUUAGCUAGUGCUUCAUCCUUUUACGAAGUUGGAGACGCCAACGGAUGGACGUCAACGAUGGGCGUUGACUAUUACAAGACAUGGUGUUCUUCAAAGACUUUCUACGUUGGUGAUGCUCUCAUCUUUCAGUACGACAAGGAUCUCAACAAUGUGAUGGAAGUGAGCUUCAAAGAUUAUGAGUCGUGCAACCCUAGUUCCCCUCUGGCUACAUAUCAUUCCGAGUAUGAACCGGUUCUCCUUAACCGAACCGGCCACUUUUACUUCUUAUGCGGUGUGCCUGGUCACUGCGAAUCUGGUCAAAAGCUUCACGUCCUGGUCUUGCCUGCCUCUCUACAGAAUACUCCCAUAGUUCAACCAAACAACCCUUCUUCAUCUUCUAACCCUAAACCUAGUCCUACUAAUCCUAACCCUUCUCCUUCGCCUCCAUUAGAGGAUCCUCUUGAGGUUCUUCCAGUAGAUGCUGCAACGAUUGCAAUGCUUCCUUACAAUGCGGUCUCAGGCCCUUGUGUGUGGAGCAGUUUUAGCAUGCUCUCCUUCAUUCUUCUUCAAACCCUAGUUUUUCUUUAA